AUGGCAUCAUCAACUUCAGGACCUCCAAGAGCAAGUCUAUAUCGUCAGUAUAGUCGUGGAUCGACUGCAGGUGGAUCCAUCGAGAAUUUGCCUCCUCGUACUUUAGCGAGAGUUGCGAGGGAAGUCCGAGACCUGAUACAGAACCCACCGGAGGGCAUCCGACUCGUCGUUGAUGAUGACACUGGCCUACCAGCCAAUUUGGGAGAGGUUGUGGCAGAACUAGAAGGACCACAAGGGACUCCUUACGAAAAGAAAUAUUUUCAUCUGAAACUUUGUUUGGGGGCUGAUUUCCCAUCGUCUCCACCUCGGGGUUUCUUUUUGACAAAAAUCUAUCACCCAAAUGUUGACAUGUCAACAGGGGCAAUCUGCGUGAACACCCUCAAGAAGGAUUGGACUGCUGAGACAACACUCACACACGUUUUGAGCGUCAUAAGAUGUCUCCUCAUUGUGCCAUUCCCUGAAAGUAGUUUGAAUGACGAGGCCGGGAAACUAUUCAUGGAAAGCUACGAUGAGUAUUCAAAGCGAGCUCUAUUGAUGGCAGAUGUACACGGUCGAUCUCACUCUUGCGCCCAAACUGAUACCAAAGAGUCAAGUGAUGAGAAGUUGGAAACAGACGAUGGCAAUUCCGGCUCUGGCUCCUCGGCACAAAGCUCCAAAAAGCCCGAUUCAGCAAACCCACUUAGUAGCAAGAAUGCUAAUAAGAUGGCAACAAAGGGUUCAAGUAAGAGUGCGAGUGGAAAGAUGAAGAAAAAGAAGAGUUUGAGAAGACUGUGA